CGCGCAUAUAUCGUAUGUGAAGUGCGCUCUUACACAUCAUACACACUUCAAAGUCCAAGCAUUAGGCACGAGGAAAACCGCUACCCCUAGAUACCAUAACAUUCAUAGAAAAAAGCUCGUCAUUUCAGUGGCACCCGGGCAUGCUCCUGCCAGGCGCAAGCAUGCAAAUCAGGCGAGUCUUGUGAACCUAUUUCUCCGUUCAUGACAAAAUUUACAGACCACAGCUUCCUAAAAGAUCUAGCCAUGCUACGAUCGCCAACCUCUUCAUACACUUUCCUCUCCUACCUUCACGAACACAAUCGCCUCGUCACAUUCAUUAACCGAGGCUCUUUCAUCCCCAGUCGACGUGAAUAUUCCGACUACCUGAUAUGGGCUGCGGAAAAAGUUGCCCACGAGCCCGGUGUAUUGGUUCAUUACGGCGAGAGGGUCCUGAGCAUUCAAAGCGAUGACCUAGUCGUCUCAGUAACCUCGCUUUCCGAAAGUGAACACCCCGUAAAACGCGUCCGGAGAGGAAAGCAUCUUGUUAUCGCGCCCGGAGGAACACCGAGAGUACCUCCCUCGCUAUCUGCGCUUGCUGUCAGAGCUCCCAGUCGAAUUAUCCACACCUCAGUAUAUGCGCACCGCGUCGAUGGCAUUAUGCAUGAUAUCCUGAGUGACAUCAUCUUCAAACGCCCCUCAACUACGACUGAGAGUGGGAGUACCAAUUUCCGACCAGUCCCUGAAGUCCUCCUUGGCAUCCAAGCCCGUUUGAUUCCAUCCAACCAUUCCCCAUCAGACGAUUCUCCAUUCGCAAACGAAAUCUUCGACCCCGCUUCGACGGAUUUUUUCUUUAAUCUUAACAACAAAGAAGCUAGAUCAGAGGCAAAGCGAGAGUAUGAAAAUACGAAUUAUGGUGUCGUCAAUCCCAACACCCCGGCCAAGGUCAGUAGCACUGGUAUUCUUUGUGCAAUGGCAGCUGAGCCAUAUUUACGACCAGAAAGUUGAAGACGGAGCACAUGCCCGGGGCGCACCUUCCGAUGCACUGAAGACCCCUCGGAUUAACAUUCUCAGAUACCGAACCAUAGUUGCAGCCACUCAAUAUUACACGACUUCGGACUCUUCAUCCGACGUAGCCCCGAUUGCACAGCGAGCUUCUUCGCAUUGGCAUGGAUUACUCACGCUUACGCUCCAGCACCCGGGAUAAUUACUAAGCCUCAAUCACUUGGAGCAACUCCUUUCCGAUACUCCCAAACAUAAUUAGGUGCCCUGGGGCUCCUCGGAUUGACAUUUGUGCUUGUUGGAGACUCUGGAGGUGAUAUGACGGAAGGUACCCAAUCGAAACUCCGUUCGACAUUGUUGUGCCAGAUGUCCAGGACUUUCCACGGGGAAAGCAAGGUUAUAACU